AUGGCCGACGCCAAAAAACCCGCUGUUCUGAUUGUCGGAGGUCUCGGCUUUAUCGGUCGACACCUCGCGCUAUACAUCCACGAGAACAAUCUAGCCUCAGAAGUCCGUCUGGUAGACAAAGUCCUCCCACAAUUGGCCUGGUUAGCCCCAGAAUUCGAAGAAGCAUGUUCAAAGGACAAGUUCGUCCAGGCCGAUGCCAGCCGUGAACAACAUUUCCCGCGCAUCUUUGACCGAGCCAAUGGCGAACAAUUCGACUAUGUGAUUAACUGCGGCGGCGAAACCCGUCACUCCCAACCAGACGAUGUCUACGAAGUGCGCAGCUACGCCCUCUCCCUCGCGCUCGGAAAGGAAAUCGCCCGACGCGGUAUCCCCGCCUUCAUCGAGACCUCCACCGCGCACGUCUACAAGGGUGGCUCGACACCACGAAAGGAGACAGACAAACUCGCCCCGUGGCACAAGCUGGCCGCGUGGAAACUCAAGGCCGCGGAGGACCUGCUUAAAAUCCCGAACUUGCAGUACUGCACCUUACGUCUGCCCCACGUCUACGGCGCUUAUGACCCGGGCUACUUCGCCACGGGAAUUUGUCUGUCUGCCGUCCACGUAGAUCUCAAGCAGGAAUUGCAGUUCCUGCACACUAAGGACUUGAAAAUUAAUACCCUGCACGUUAAGGAUGCCGCGAGUGCGCUGUUCGAGGCUGCUAAGUGGCGCGCUGCGAAGGGCUUCGUCGAUCCCAAGGAUGGCGUUGUUACUUUCAAUGUUGUUGAUCACAAUGACACGAAACAAGAACAUGUUGCUAAUGCCUUGACGGAAGUGUUCGGUCUUAAGGUUGGGUUUGUCGGGUCGCUUGCUUCGCAGCUCGCGAAGCUGAACCUCGACGAUCUCCUCGAUGAUAUGAAUGAAGUCGGUUUGCAGACUUGGGCUGAGCUCAUCGAGAGGGCCAAUAUCACGCGGCCUGGACCGAUCAGUCCGUUCUUAGAACGUGAUAUCCUCAGGGGUGAGGAUAUGUCCAUUGAUGGCUCGAAGUUCGAGAAUGAGGUUGGCUGGAAGCCAUUGUACCCGACCUUUGGGGCUGACAGCGUCCGUGAAAUCGUGGACAGCUACAAGCGCAUGGGCUGGUGGCCAUGA